AUGAUCACCAUCAUGGAUAAACAAUUACUUAUUAUCAAGUGUGGAGGUGCAUAUCUUACCAAGAAGAGUACAAUACAUACUUUGAACAAUGACAACCUAACAUACUUGGUAUCCAUCAUUCAUACUCUAUUGAACAAGAAGGUCAACAAUGGUCAACUACAACAAUACAACAUAAUACUCAUCAUUGGUGCAGGAUCAUUCGGUCACUUUGAAGCAAAGGAAUACAAGAUAACAUCUGGAUACAAUGAUGAAGAAUAUAGGUCUGCAGAGGGUAUGGUAAAGACAAGACAUAGUGUACUUAGGUUGUUGAUGGCUGUUACGCAGGCUUGUUUGGAACGUGGUAUAAAGGCAAUGCCAGUAUCACCAUUUGACAGUUGGUUAACUGAUAACAAUCAAGUCAUUCAACACAAUGCAUCAAUGAUUACAACAAUGCUUGGAAUGGGUUUGAUGCCAAUACUACAUGGUGAUGUAUGUCUGGACAAGACUAAAGGAUGUACUAUAUUGAGUGGAGAUAUAAUCAUUCAAGAACUUUGUCGUCACAAUGGACCAAGUAGAGCGAUAUUCAUCACUGAUGUAGAUGGUGUAUUUGAUCGUACACCAUCUGAACAUGGCGCCAAACUCAUACCUUUGAUCAACUUGUCAACAGGAUCUUCGUCAAAUCAACAUGAUCAAGUGUCAACAUCAUCAACAUUGGAACAUGAUGUUACUGGUGGCAUGAAGGCCAAGCUUCAAUCUGCAUUCAACAUUGCUCAUAUGGGAAUUGAUGUAGUGAUCAUUGGUGGAAACGACACAGACAUACUCAACUACCUUGAACAAGGUAGUGGGCAAGAGACACAUUCAAGAGGUACAAUAAUAACAAACAAAGAAUGA